AUGUCUGCUGUUCAGGUGAUCAAUCUUGCCUACGAAAAGAAAGUCACCAUUCGCGUGACAACAGAUUCAUGGCGCAGCUUCACAGACUAUGAGGCCUGCUACACUCCGGCUGAGGCCGGCAGCCCCAUGCCGUUUGGAAGCUACUUGCGACCAACAAAUGGUCCGGCGCCAUUCACUUCA